AUGGGGCAUGGAAUUCAAGAUAAAACAGAAAUAGAAAGAUUAAGAGAUUAUUGGUUUUCUGAAAUUACCAAGUCUAAAUUAGAAAAUGAUGAUAAACAAAAAUUUAAUAAACUCAAAGAAGAACAUAUAAGAGAAUUAGAACAAACACAACCUGGCACAAAUGAUUUUAAUCAUAUAAGAAAUAAAAUACAUAAUGAAAAAGAAAUACCAAAUCUAGAAAUGAAUAGAUGUUGGUUUAGAGAAAUUAGAAAUAGCAGAAACUUGUCUGAAGAACAAAAA